GUCCCAUCGCCUUGGUACCGUGACCCAGACUGUUCUCCGACAAUGCUUCCAUCCCGAACGGCUUCGGUCUGCGACAACUGUCGCCUCCGUAGGAGAUGGUGCGACCGGACUAGACCAAAAUGCUCCUACUGUGUCUCCCAGGGAGUGGAAUGUAUCUAUGGGAGAACUGCGGACUCGCCGCCCUCGCAAUUGGUCCAGGAGCUCGCGAGCAUCCGGGAAAAACUGGAAUCCAUCAUGCCACUGCUGGAGCAGCCUCAGGUGCAGCUGGCACCACGAGGUGGCAACGAUCCUCCUGUGAUGGCGCUGCAAAACUGCCCACCUCUUGUUCUUAAGUCUCCGCAUCUCAUGCAGAUUCUCGGUUUGCAGUCGGAUCUAGCGUCCGUUUUGUAUCGCCUCGAGACUACAGCUCAUCAGCCCCCCGUGUCUCUAUUCGAGUUAACGCCUGCUGAAUGCUUUGAUCUAAUCCUCCGCCGCGUCGAAGAACGAAUCCAUCCAUGGUACCCAGUUCUCCAUUCGGAAUUCACGACACAUUUCUUCGAGGCUUGCGCUACCGGGUUUAUUCCAUCUACAAUAUCGUGUUUAUCACAUCUGGUCAUUGCGGUUUCAAGCUUGGUCAAAAAUAGCCCGCACUCGUCACACUUUGAAGCUGCAUUGACCAUGAUGGGGACCGUCAUGCACGAGUGCAGUGUGACGAGUGUGCAAUGCUUGAUCCUUUUCGCGGUGUAUCAGGCCUAUCUCAUCAGGCCAAGGCAGGCAUAUGAGUACAUCCAAGCUGCCUUUCUGAAGAUUCAACCCUUCCUGAAAAGUGAGACAUAUACGCAUCUUAAUCUGUCCGUCCCGAGCAAAACUUUACGCGGGCAGUCAAACCUGGUCCCUCUUCCGUCAAGCAAGGACAUGUGGAGUUCUCCUUCUGAUCAAAAUGCUCCCUCGAACUCAUCUUUGCCGGUAACCCCACAAGGUAGCGGGCUGGAUUCGCCAAGUGAACCGCUGCAGUCACUGUCACACUUUCGCAUAGAGGUGGACUUGCAACAGGCUUUGGAUGCGUAUGCUACAUCAGGCAUGGCUGCUUCCGAGAUAUAUAACGGCGUCUUCUCCACCGCAGACGAGCCGAUACCUAACGAGAGACUCCGCACGUUCCCAGACAUGCUUUCUGCGGGGAUAAAGCUACAAUCUAGCGGCUUUGGUCUCGAUACCUACAGUGCAGUCCAUCGCGCCAAGUACCAUAUGUACGAGGUGAACGGCUACUGGCCCGUGGUAUACCGGAUCAUCCUGAACGGGUCCGCAGACCCCGAACUGCUCCCCUACGGCCCGCUGUUCUUCGAGUCGGUGACUGCAUUUCUCUCUGACGCCAAUAUGGCGCUUUGGAUAUGUCGACCGAAAGCCUGGUUUCUAUGUGCGAGUAUGUACACUAUAUCGAUGGCCGCACUGAGAGCUACGGAUGUCCAACCUCUACGAUUGCUCGUGCAUACAGGGCUCUGGGAGCAGCUUCAAGUUACGGUUGAUGCAUUGCAGAAAUACGGCGAACUCAGUCCGUCGGUACGGUAUAUGUGGGACUCUUUGAGGGAGCGACUAAGUGAAGCCAGAGGUCAGAAGAG